CCCCCGCGCUCGGGGUCCUCCGCCCAGUCUUCGUCCGGAACCAGAAGCCCAGAGACAGCCGAGGGCGCCGCGGGGGCUCAGGACGCUCACCGCUCCGCCCGAUCCCCGCCAGCCGGGCGGGAGGCGGACCCUCCGCGGUAGCGGCAGCAGCGAGGACUCGAGCGCGGGCGGCAGCAGCGGCGGCGGCAGCGACACCAUGGAUCUCUCUUUUAUGGCCGCGCAGAACAAAGACAAACCCCGGAUUUCCCCAUCAGUCUGUGGCCCUGGAGAAGACCCAGAGCUGGCUCCAGGGAGGGGCUGCGUUUGGCCGGGCGCGCUGCCCAUGAUGGGAGGAGCUUUCAUGGACUCGCCCAAUGAGGACUUCAGCACCGAGUACUCCCUGUUUAAUUCCUCUGCCAAUGUCCACGCGACCUCCAACGGCCAGGGCCAGCUGGAAGAUCCUCCUCGAUCCUCCAACGACGCCGUCUUGCUAUGGAUUGCCAUCAUAGCCACGCUGGGGAACAUCGUGGUGGUGGGCGUGGUAUACGCCUUCACCUUCUGAGGAUGGCACACUCUGCACCACCAUGGGGUGAGGUUUGGCAUAUGGGUCUGUCUUGCUGUUGGCUUUUAGCUGCUCCCAUGUUCUAGAACCAGGAGUUCUGACCAGGGGCAGUGGCCAUCCUUCUGGAAUUUCCCCCUGGGAGCCCUGAUUUCAAAUAUCCCACGUUGUGGUCAAACUGAGUCAGAAAACAUGGAAGUAUGGGCCUCCUGCUCCUAGAGGCAUGACGGGGCAAGGCCUUCAGAAGGCAGAUUGGGGAUUCUUGAAAUUACAUUCCAAGAACAGGAGACCAGAUGGAGCAGCUAGUUAGGUUUAAAACAUAGACAUGGUUUGAUGAUCGCCUGCUGGUGGUAAACAAUCACUUGUG